AGCGGUUCCCUCAGCCCGCCCCGCUGCCCUCACAGCGCCGCGCUGCCUUCGCGCUCCCCGCCGUGUCCCUCCGCGGCCGCCGUAGCCGGCGCACGUGUGAGCCCCGCGCGGUGGCGUCGCUCCGCAGCGCCCGCGUUCUUAGAAUGGCUGAGGAUUUAAAAGCAGCGGUUGCCAGCCAGACAAAGAGACUCAACAGCAGCAGCAGCGAGGUAGUUCAAAAGCUGGAAGAAAACGGGCAUCAAAACAAAAGGUUGAAGAGUGAUGCGGAUGAGGAAGAUGCAGAGGAUCAGAAUAAGAAGUCACCCAAAAGGAAGAUAGUUCUGUUGAUGGCAUAUUCAGGGAAGGGCUACCAUGGGAUGCAAAGGAACGUGGGAUCUUCACAGUUCAAGACAAUUGAAGAUGACUUAGUCUCUGCCCUUGUUCAGUCAGGAUGCAUCCCAGAAAACCACGGGGAAGAUAUGAAGAAGAUGUCUUUCCAACGGUGUGCUCGCACAGAUAAGGGUGUAUCUGCAGCUGGACAAAUUGUGUCGCUGAAGGUCAGGCUAAUAGAUGACAUCUUAGAAAAGAUAAAUAAUCACCUUCCUUCUCACAUCAGAAUUCUGGGCCUGAAGAGAGUCACGGGGGGAUUCAACUCCAAGAACAAAUGUGAUGCCAGGACCUACUCCUACAUGCUUCCAACGUUUGCCUUUGCCCAUAAGGACCAUGAUGUGCAGGAAGAGCUUUAUCGGCUGGACAGAGAAACCCUUGAAAGGGUCAAUAAACUGCUGGCCUGCUACAAAGGGACGCACAACUUCCACAACUUCACGUCACAGAAGGGCCCCAGGGACCCCAGUGCCAAGCGGUACAUCAUGGAGAUGUACUGUGGAGAGCCCUUCGUCAGGGAAAACAUGGAAUUUGCRGUGAUCAAAGUGAAAGGGCAGAGUUUCAUGAUGCACCAGAUCAGGAAGAUGAUUGGGUUGGUGAUAGCAAUUGUGAAAGGUUAUGCUGCUGAGUCCAUCAUGGAGCGCAGCUGGGGAGAGGAGAAAGUCGAUGUCCCCAAAGCGCCAGGACUUGGGCUGGUUUUGGAGAAAGUACACUUUGAAAAAUACAACAGGCGUUUUGGGAAUGAUGGGCUGCAUGAGCCACUGGAGUGGACAGAGGAGGAGGAGAAGAUUGCUGUUUUCAAAGAGCAGUACAUCUAUCCUACCAUUAUCAACACAGAAAGGGAGGAGAAAUCCAUGGCAAACUGGCUAAACACCCUCCCCAUUCAUGACUUCAACUCAUCUGCUGUUGAGAUGCAAACUAACAACAAAAUUUCAAAGAAGAGCAGCGAUCUCGAAGGCAGUGAUGGUUGUGGUGAUGAUUCUGACUGAGCCAGGACAUGGCUGGAUGUGGAGCCCUUGCUGCUUGCAGUUUCCUUUGUCUACAAAAAAGUGGCCUUUCUAAAUCCAAGACCCCAGUGAAGCAGGAGUUCUCCUGGAUGCCCAGGAGAAACUGGGUGGGGAAGACAGUGCAGUAGUAAAACCAGAAGCUUUUUAUACCACUGACCAGUUCACCUGACUGAUAUACUUGAAAACAGUGUAGUGAGAAAGCAACUUYCUAAAAGAAUCUUGAAAUGCAGGAYAUCUUAAUUGCUGUUUGAAUAAUGUUUUUAUUAUGUUUACUUGGCAAAUAGUAUUUUAAAUAUAUAUAAUCUCUACAUAAAGAUGGAGCAAAUCCUUUUAAUAUACUCUUUUUAAUUAUGAAGUUAUAACACCRUUAAGCUUUUAUUUUCCAUGUCAUCCAUGGUUUUCCUAUGGAAUAACAUGCAUGAACCUGAGAUUCACUCAGUGUGUGGUGCUAAAAACAUGAAGAUUGUUGAAACUCUUUGUUCCCACAUUUAAUGGUUUCUGGCCAAAGCCUUUAAUUUUAUGAUUCCUUCUGGAAUUAUUCUUUUGGUUUUGGGGGGGAGGRGGGUGUUGGUUGGUGGGGGKUUUUUUUUGAGUUUUUUGGGGCCUAGCUGUCCUUCAAAUAAGGAUUUUCACGUUCAUUUUAUCUGGGUUUUCUUUAGAGCUUUUCAUUUUAUCAAGGCCUUGAUCAAUUUUAUGACAGCAAGUGUGUACAAGUGCUCUGGAGAGGGACAUAGCCUGGAUUUUCAUUUAUAUUCCUUGGUGGUCCAUAUUAUUGACCUACUCUGCUUUAUCUUCUGUCCAAAGAUCCAUCUUUCUAUGCCUUUCAAUCCGAAAAAAAAACCACCUUUAUCUGCUUAUAAUAAAGGCUCCAAAGCUGUGAUAUGUACCACAGUUGAAAUCAGUGAGAAG